CGUGACUGACCGAUUUUUAAAUUUCUGACUUACUGUAAUUUUUUAUAUUUACCAAAUGAUUGUCUAUUGUUUACUGUGUUUAUUUGGUUCAGUGAUGGCGGCAGAAUUUUCAAAAAGCAAUCAAGGCAUUUCGGAUGGAUUUUUGGGAGACUGUCCAGGCUCUACAAAACCAGCAGUAAUCAAGCCGAAAACACUAGAAACGUUGACGAUCUCCGUUCUGGCUCCGGGCAACGUUCUCAAGGCAAACUGGACGAAGUAUACCUACUCCCGAGCUCCCAAGUUGGCAAAACAUCCUGAAAUGGACUUCAGCAAGAAGACGGUCGUGCUGUUGCCCGGAUAUUUAGACUCGAUCAAUUUCCCCACUAUGAGGUCUAUGGGAACUGUUUAUAAGGAAAUGGGGUAUAAUGUUCUCGUGGUGGACUAUUUUGAAAUUACGACGAAGCAUUAUCCUAUUGCGGCGCGUCUUAUUCGGCCUGUCAGUAAACACAUAGCCGAAAUACUGGUUAGUUUGACAAACCACGGUCUGGACCCAAAAAAACUGGAACUAACCGGGAUCAGCCUUGGAGCACAGGCCACUGGCUUCGUAGCCAAGCACUACCGUCACCUGACGGGCCAAAACAUCUCCUCCAUCACAGCAAUGGACCCUGCCGGCCCUUGCUUCAAACAUCUAGAAAUUCAAGAUAGAAUAGAUGCGUCUGACGCAGAUUUUGUCCUUCAAAUCACAACGAACAUGGACGGUUUCGGCUUAUCAACUCCUGUUGGGCAUGUAGCUGUUUAUGUUAACGGAGGGGAGUACCAAGCUGGAGACCUUUGGGCAUUACCAUGUCUCGUCAUAUGCAGCCAUGUGAAGUCCUACAUGAUUUGGCUCUCAGCUCUAAUGAACCCAGGAACAUUUAUAGCGAUACAGUGUGAUUCUGUGCAGCAAGCACGUGAUGCAGAUUGCUAUGAUCGGCUUCCAAAAGUGACGAACACGGUCGACUUAUUUACAGACAGGAGUAAACCAGGAAUAUACUAUUUGCCAACUUUUAACAGAUACCCUUACAGUUUGGGGAAAAAGGGAUUGAAGAGACGAGAUAAUGAAGUCACGAAGCAUUUGAACUGGCUAAAUGCAGAUGAAGUAUUGAAGGUUAAAUAAUACCUCCUUUGGAAAUUAGUAGAAUAAUUAGCAAAUUAUUUAUUUAAACGUCAGUGUAGGUUAUUUUUUCUGUUAGUAGGUAUCAAACGCCAUUUUGUAUAAUGAUGGGAUGCAAAAAAGAGUCCAUUUUAUUAUCUUGGUUUCAAACAAUACUGCCUGUCUAAAUCGAGAACAUUCGGUUUUUUUUAUUACUCAAGCGACUGUCACAAGGUCUUGUUUUUUGAUUUUAGUUGUAUUUAUUUUAUUGCAUGUAGAUUAUUAGACUGUUCAAUUUUUAAAUACAUAGAGAAGCGUCGAACCCAGGACCCAUAUGCACCAAUACAUAGUGUUACUAAACGUUUACAACUAUAAUGAUCCUAAAAUUUUCCGUUUAGAUUUUAAAUGAUAAUAAAGACAAAAUAAGACAAAAGGUGCAUUUACAAGUUUACAAGUGAAAGAGUAUUCUUUGGUGAAAUAAUGCAUUCCACAUCAUUAUAUUUAAGAGUUUUGAAUGAUUCCCGGUUAUUAUCAUUACACUUAUAUUGACCGGGAUAUAGACCGUGAUUACCUUUUUGGUUUUGCCUUCUUCUGUUUUCCGUGAUCAUGAUGCAUAUAACUGCGUCGAAAAAUCGGGAGCUCGACAAAAGUCAAAAAAGUAUCACGGUCAAUAUAAGUCUAAUCAUUACAUUUUUCGUGUAACUCUAACUCCUAUAUUUUGACUAUCUAUGUGAAAUGUAAAUAUUUAAAAACAAGUAAUUGAGGUAAAGGCAAAAUAAUAUGCGGGUAAUAUAAAUGAUGUCAAAAUGGUAAUGAUACAUUGUUGUUUUACGAAAUUCCGUUUUUUGCAUUAAGAACAACGCUUUAAAAAUAAUUGUGUAAUAUUUGUAGAUACAGUAUCGUUACGGAGCGAAACAUGUCGACCGAUCUUCGACAAUUUUACGUGAGUUACAUGUAAACAUGUUUAAUAGAUACAGUACCGGCCAAUACUCAAAUAAUAUAAUAUCGCUUAUCGGAGUUGUUACUGUCUGUAAUCAUAGAUUAAAUAUAAGAUCAUACAUACCAUCCCAUACAUUAAAAUGCGACCGCCUAAGAACGCGCAUACACUACACCAC